AUGACGAAUAUUGUUUUUUCAGAGAAAUCUCUUUUAGAGAAUAUUCUUCCGGAAAUUCAAUAUAACCCUAGUGAAUACGACUCUUAUAAUAUUGGUUAUUACAUAAAACCGGAUUUCAUUCAUUUUUGGACAGACUUCGACGUAGAAUUAGAACUUGACAGUACAAAUAUAAUAUAUUCUUCUCCGGAUUCACCAACUUCCCCAGUAAACGAUAAGCACGACCUUGAUUCUAUCUUCAAAGCACAAAUUCUCGAUCCAAUAAAAUCAUUGUCGCGUUGGAAUGAUCUCCAAUUGGAACAAGUUAGAGAAAAUGUCUAUUUACUAUCCUCCGGGUUAUUGGCAUCUACGUCCACGGCUGCUGAUCCCGAACCACUAGAAUCAUCAAACACAAGUACAGUUGAUUGGCAUUUGUGUAACAGUGCCGGCACAGCUUUGUUACCAAUCACAGUGAAGACCAAAUGGGUGAUCCCUGAAGAGUCGCCGUCUGAAAUUAAUAAUUAUCUUCGCGAUCAUGUGAUUCAAUUAUUUGAUUAUAUGCUUCAAAAUGGUCUUCAAUUUGGCGUUCUUUCGACAUAUGAAUGUACGUGGUUCUUAAAAAGACCCAAAGAAGAGCCCUUGGGAUUGUAUGUUACGGAAUGCUUCAAACGAACUGACGUAAAUCCCACCGUUCUUCAAGCGUUCAAUUAUCUAUUUCAUAUGGCAACAAAUGAUCCAAUCUCUCCAAAUUGGUCUCAAAUUAGAAUUAGAUUAAAUACAAUGAUUCAUCAAUCAUUACAUUCACAGAUACAGACUUCUUCAACUGGUCCCAGUGCACCGAGACUCAAUCCAGAAACUACUUUAAUUUGGAGUAAAAUCCACUGGUUUCCUGAUAGAAUGGGAAAAUCGAAAAGCACAUGUCAUAUUUUUUACAACGAUAAACAUCUUGCGCUUAAAUGUCAAUAUGAAGGUUAUACACAACAAGUUUCUUUGUUAAAGCAUGAAGUUAGCGUGUAUAAAGUAUUACAAGAGCUACAAGGAUGCUUCAUUCCGCCGUUGGUAUUAUACGGCACAUCUAUUGACCACCAUAACAACACAAUUUAUUGUUUAUGCACAAAUUAUAUUUGGCCAGCGCAAGGCGUCAGACUAUCGAGAAGGCAUAAAGAAAGUGCUAUAAACGCGAUUAAAGCCAUUCAUCGUCUAAGGGUUUUACAUAAUAAUAUACGUCUCGAAAAUUUUAUACUGGGAACUGAUGCAGAUAAAGGUGAAAGGUUUUACGUGAUUGAUUUUCAAUCCGCCAUAAUUGGAACAAAAGAUGGUGGUGAAAUAAACGAUUUGAUGAGAGAAGCAGAAAUUCAUAUGGUUUCUAGAUUGUUCGACUCGUUAGAUCCAUAA